UGGAGUUGGGAGUCUCUCUUGCUAUCGAGAACUACUAUGGCGACUAAUAAUCUCCCUGCAACAAAGUCCACCACGACGACGUCGUCUCAGGAGAAACGACACCGUUCGGUCUUCGAAGUUCCACACAACUUCUUCGACUCUUGUCGCCUUCUCUCUUCUCCUCACUCCUCCGUUUCCGACCACCACAGCACAGGCCCAACCCUCGAACCAUCCCCAAACGACGUCGUCCUUGUCGACGCCCCUCAAAACGACGUCGUUUCCGCUCCCAGGCUGACCUGCAACACCUGUAAGACGCAAUUCGAUUCCCUUCAGGACCAGCGUUCCCAUUUCAAAUCCGACAUUCAUCGCUUCAACGUGAAGCUGACAGUUGCUGGGAAAAAUAUUGUGAAGGAAGAAGAUUUUGAGGUGCUGACAUCUGAGUUUGUCAAAGACUAUGACGUGUCAAGUAUAUCGGGAUCAGAAAGUGAUGAUGACAGUGAAAUCGAAUCUCAGAGUCAAAUUGCAUCGCGUGACAAAUCGAGUGAAAGUUUUAUUAUUAAACAGAAACUAUUCUUCCGCCUUCAGACAGGGCAGAGAGUUUCUGUCUGGAAGUGCUUGAUUAUGAAUGUGACUGAAAAUGUAUUGUAUGAGAAUGAAAAGGCAGAGAGCGAAUUGGUUGAGAAGUUGAAAUCUCUGUCUGUUGAGCCCAGAGAUAAUACCCAUUUGAGGAUUGUUUUGCUUGCAUCCGGUGGGCACUUUGCAGGUUGCGUCUUUGAUGGUGAUACUGUUGUGGCUCACAAGACAUUUCACAGAUAUGUCGUAAGAGCCAAGGCAGGAAAAAAACAAUCAUCUAAAGAUGCUUCUGGCAGGGCUGCACAUUCUGCUGGGGCUUCUCUUCGUCGUUAUAAUGAACUUGCACUAAAGAAGGAAGUUCAAGAACUGCUUACUGCCUGGAAACCUUAUUUUGAUGCUUCCAAUUGCAUUUUUAUACAUGCACCUUCAAGUAGUCGUCAACUGCUUUAUGAUGGAGAAAGAUCAUAUUUUACCAAUCGGCAGAGUGCUGUUAGAAAUAUUGCUUUGACUGUUCGGAGGCCUACUUUAAGGGAAGCAAAGCGUGUAUAUAGCCAGUUGACCCAGGUAACCUAUGAAGCAGACGAGAAGGAAGUUUUACAAAGCAACCAAGAGGAUUUGGUAUCAAUUCACAUCUCUAAAAUAAAUGGCAAUCCAACCUCCAGCAAAGGGGACAUGGCUGAGUUGGAUGACAAAGAUAAAGCAGAACCUUGUUCAAGUAAACAAAAUGAUGAACUCCCCAUUUCAAGUAAUGGAGAAAGUGAGAAUGAGCUAUCUGGUAAAUCAACUCCUUUACAUCAAGCAGCACAAUCUGGCGACUCUCUAAAGGUUUUGGAGCUCCUGGAUCAGGGCCUGGAUCCUUGCAUUAAAGAUGAAAGGGGGCGGACCCCAUAUAUGUUGGCAAAUGACAAAGAAGUGAGGAAUACUUUCAGAAGGUUUAUGGCGUCAAAUCUUGACAAAUGGGAUUGGCAUGCUGCAAAAGUUCCCAGUGCAUUGACCAAAGACAUGGAAGAAUCACAAGCUGCUAAGCAGGCAGAAAAAGAUGCUAAGAGAAAAGCUAGAGCAAAACAAUUAAAGAAAUUGCGUAAAGCAAAAGAAAAGAAGGCUCAGGUUGAAGCUGCCUUGCCUAAGAAUGAUUCCAAAACUGUAGAGAAGCAAGUAACUGCUUCAGCAUCUAUUAAGGGACAAUCGCACUUAAAAAGUGGUGUGCAUUUAUCUAAAGAGGAAGAAAUAAGAAUGGCACAGGCUGCUGAAAGAGAAAAGAGAGCAGCUGCUGCAGAGAGGAGAAUGGCUGCCCUCAAAAUUCAAGCUAAGAGUGCAACCACUGCACCUAGCAUGUCAGAGCCUAAAAGUGGAUUAGCUGGUGACAUUUACUGUUCCUGCUGUAAUUCAUCACUUGCUGGUAAAGUUCCAUUCCACCGGUAUAAUUACAAAUACUGCAGCACAUCAUGCAUGCAUGUACACAGGGAGAUCCUAGAAGAUCAAUGAGGAUGUGUAUAGAUAGUAAAAUAUUUCUUUUGUGCAAAUUAAUUAAGAUUGCUCCGAAUAUCCAUUGUUCUUGAUCUGGUUGCAAGUAAUCUUGGUUGGAAAAAGGGAAAGAAAUAAGGAGGCAUGGGGAGCAGCCAUGGUGGAAGGACUGAAUGGUAAAUAACAUGAGCUGAUGAUGUUCAAAGGAACAAAAAAUUCAUUGAUGCAGCUAGAGUCAUAACAGCUAGCUUAGAGCGUUCCCACACUUUGUGCUGUGCCAAACAUGAACAUAGCAUAUGGCCAAGUGCACUUGACAUUGUUGAUCCUGUAUCAUUUGAUUUAUUUUUCCCUGUGUGGGUUUUUGUUGAAAGUUUAGUCUCUUUGCCUCUAUUUUAUUAGGCAGCAUGAAUUGCCUAAUUUUAACCAGAUCAGGGAGGUUGGUUAGUUUAGAACUUGAUGGUAUUUUAACAAUUAGCAAUUAAUGGUUAGUGUUCAGCAAUGCAGACAAAAACGAUACUAAAAACUUUUAUUUGUGUAGUCCAAAGGUAACAUAAAUAUGAUCAUGUUCAAGUGAA